AUGACGCGGUUCAACGUCGGCGAGUGCACGGACUGCCCCGUCUACGACGGCCUCUUCGAGUUCCAGCAGAUCGCGUCCGGCGCGUCCAUCGACGGCGCCGUGAAGCUGAACCACGGGGCCACGGACAUCGCGAUCAACUGGUCCGGCGGUUUACAUCACGCCAAAAAGUCCGAGGCGUCGGGCUUCUGCUACAUCAACGACAUCGUGCUGGCGAUCCUGGAGCUAUUGAAGUACCACGCGCGCGUGCUCUACAUCGACAUCGACAUCCACCACGGCGACGGCGUCGAGGAGGCCUUCUACUGCACGGACCGCGUCAUGACGUGCAGCUUCCACAAGUACGGCGACUUCUUCCCCGGCACGGGCAACGUCGCGGACGUCGGCGCGAAGAAGGGCAAGUACUAUUCCGUGAACUUCCCCCUCAAGGAGGGCAUGGAGGACGUGAGCUACGGCCAGGUCUUCAAGCCCGUGAUCCAGAAGAUCAUGGACGUCUACCGGCCGACGGCCGUCGUGCUCCAGUGCGGCGCGGACUCCCUGACGGGCGACCGGCUGGGCUGCUUCAACCUGACGCUCGAGGGCCACGGCGACUGCGUGCGCUUCGUCAAGGGCUUCGGCGUGCCGCUGCUCGUGCUCGGCGGCGGGGGCUACACGAUCCGGAAUGUCGCGCGGUGCUGGGCCUACGAGACGUCCGUGCUCCUGGACACGCCCGUCGGCGAGGACAUCCCCUACAACGACUACUUCGAGUACUACUCGCCGGACUUCAAGCUCCACCUCACGAAGAACCCGAACCUCGAGAACGCGAACACGCGCGAGAGCCUCGCGGCGACGCGCGACGAGCUCCUCGAGAUGCUCAACGGCCUCAAGGGCGCGCCGUCGCUCCAGAUCCACGACGUGCCGCCGGACUGGAACUCGAAGCUCCGCGAGGUCGACGACAGCGCCCAGGACCCGGACGCCAAGCCGCCGGCGCUGGACCUGAAGACGGGCGCGAUCAAGCGCGAGCACCCGGCGGAGUUCGCGCCGCGGCCCGAUGCGCCGCCGCCGCCGGCGCCCAUGGACAUCUAG